CCGCGUCUGCAAGUUGGGGAAGACGAAAACACGAAGCUUUCUGGCUAUGGAGUCGGAGCUGGAGUUACGAUUCGAAAUAUCCCGCACCGCCGAUUACAUCCACCGCCGGAACUUCACUAGAGUCGCACUGCAGUUUCCUGAUGAGCUGCUGAAAGAUUCAACCAAAGUAGUGAGCUCGCUGCGCAACAAGCUUUGCUCAUUGAAGGCAUCUCAUGGUGGUGGAGAUUUCGAGGAUGUGGGGUUGUUUGUGAUGGCUGACACAACAUUCGGCAGUUGCUGUGUUGACGAAGUUGGUGCGUUGCAUAUCAAUGCUGAGUGUGUCAUACAUUAUGGCCACACCUGCCUUAGUUCCACGUCAAAACUUCCAGCAUUUUUUGUGUUUGGAAAGUCUCCUAUAAGUAUUUCCAGCUGUGCUGAGAAACUACUGAGCUACGCAUCUGCUGCUGGCAAGCCUGUUCUGGUCCUUUAUGGUUUGGACUAUACGCACGUAAUAUUGGAUAUAAAAGAAGCAUUACUUGAAGCAACCAAGUCUAUUGUCUCCAAAUCAAAAUUAGAAAUUCAUGUUGCUGAUGUCAUCUGUUCAUCCAUAAAUCCAUCAGAAAAUUCUGAUAGCCACAGUGUAACUGGAGGACUCUCUGGUUUUUCUAGUCAAGACAAUGAUGUGACUGCAUUGACUAUCAAUAAUUAUAGAAUUGGAGGUUUGACCUGGAAUCUACCUCUGGGAAGCAAAAUGGAGGAUUACUUACUUUUUUGGAUUGGCCCUGAAAAUCCGGCGUUUGCAAAUGUGGUUCUCACAUUCAAUGGUUGCGAAAUAGUCAGAUAUGACGCUACAGAAGAUCACUUAGUCACAGAUUUUUCUCGCCAGAGAAGAAUUCUGAAGCGCAGAUAUUUCCUUGUGGAGAAAGCUAAGGAUGCUAACAUGGUUGGGAUUUUGGUGGGUACUCUUGGUGUCGCUGGUUAUCUUCAUGUGAUUGAUCAAAUGAAGGAGCUUGUAACAAGAGCUGGGAAAAAGGCAUACACUCUUGCAAUGGGGAGGCCAAAUCCUGCAAAACUUGCCAAUUUCCCUGAGUGCGAUGUGUUCAUAUAUGUCUCAUGUGCCCAAACCGCUAUGUUGGACAGCAAAGAGUUUUUGGCUCCAGUUAUAACGCCAUUUGAAGCCAUGCUAGCUUUUAAGAGUGGAGGCCAGUGGACGGGAGAGUAUGUCAUGGAAUUCCGAGAUUUAAUUGAUUUGUCUCCAGUCGAGGGGACAAAACCAUCGGAAGAAGCUCGGUUUUCCUUUCUUCAGGGUGGCUAUGUGGAAGAUCACAAUUUGCAAGAUGAUGGUUCGGAAGAAACUGAAGGAGUUCUUGCAAUGACAAAUGAGACCCAGAAGACCCUGCAAUUGCAUGAUAGAAGCCACAACUCGGUCGUCAAGGGUAUCGCUAAAUCAGGGGCUGAAUUCUUUGCAACGAGAUCUUACCAUGGCCUGGACAUGGAGAGUCAUAAUCCUUCUCCGGAGACUUUUGUGAGGGGGAGAAGCGGGAGGGCAUCGGGAUAUGAUGACGAGAGAAGCAAGUAGAAGAUUUUUAUCAAAAUUUCUCCGGGAGGAGGCAUGAUGUGCUUAUUCUUGGCCCCCCUGUUUGAAACAGCUGUUCCGAUUUGUUGAGUGGUGUUCUUAUACGGGCUGAGUUGGUUUUAAGUUAAUCGCCGCGUUAAUCCACAUUGAUUGUGUGGACUUGCCCUUGGAUGUUGAGGGAUCCACAUGAUUUAGAGGUUCCCUCUGAGCAAUGUAGUGUAAGGUUUUUUCACUCAUCGGCUUUGUAGAGAUGCAGAGAUCUGCGGUAUAGAAUUUUGUUUCGAAUAUUUAGAACUAUUAAUUAAAGUUUGGAAACCCUGUAAUUUUAAAUGCGUUACUGUGCAGUGUCGAAGAUAACAUAUGUAAAUUUUAUUGCUUCUAAUUCACAGUGUCAUCGGGUGAUUCUUUCACA